UAUACGAUAUGGUUUGAAAGAAAAGCAGCGAAUUCCUUUACUUGCCACUGGCAAAACUGGCACUCUGGCAAAACUGGCGCUCUGGCAAAACUGACUAGCACUUUAGUGAACUGGCGCUCUGGCGAAACUGGCGCUCUGGCAAAACUGGCGCUCUGGCAAAACUGGCAAACUGGCGCUCUGGCGAAACUGACUAGCACUUUAGUAAACUGGCGCUCUGGCGAAACUGGCGCUCUGGCAAAACUGGCGCUCUGGCAAACUGGCGCUCUGGCAAAACUGACUAGCACUUUAGUAAACUGGCGCUCUGUCGAAACUGGCGCUCUGGCAAAACUGGCGCUCUGGCAAACUGGUGCUCUGGCAAAACUGACUAGCACUUUAGUAAACUGGCGAAACUGGCGCUCUGGCAAAACUUGCGCUCUGGCAAAACUGGCGCUCUGGCAAAACUGGCACUCUGGCAAACUGGCGCUCUGGCGAAACUGGCACUCUGGCGAAACUGGCACUCUGGCAAAACUGGCGCUCUGGCAAAACUGGCGCUCUGGCAAAACUGGCAAACUGGCAAAACUGGCAAACUGGCGCUCUGGCAAAACUGCCGGCGCUCUGGAAAAACUGGCGCUCUGGCAAACUGGUGCUCUGGCGAAACUGGCACUCUGGCGAAGCUGGCACUCUGGCGAAACUGGCACUCUGGCAAAACUGGCGCUCUGGCAAAACUGGCAAACUGGCGCUCUGGCAAAACUGCCGGCGCUCUGGCAAACUGGCGCUAUGGCAGAUGGAUAA